UGAUUUUUUGCUUAACAAGGUGUUUUAUUGAUUUUUCCGGCUAGAUUAUUCGACACAAGCCCAAUAUGUUUCAUAGAUGAUGUCAUUCAUUAGGGUUAAUUGUCGAUGAAUUGCGCAAAACAUUCUGACGUCACAAAGCAUAUUCUCCAUUAAGUGCUGAUAGUGGUUUCAGAAAAGAUUAGAUAUACCGAUGAAAUGAAUCGUGAUAAUAACAACAACAACAACGAUUUACGAGAAUACGGUACAAACAAACCGAUUGCCGGACUUCGGGAGUUUUCCGGUUAUGGAACAGAUUCGGACGACCAUCACCGGAUGUCUGCGGAUUCAGGAAUCAAUUCUUCUUAUGAUUUUAGCGGCCAACAAGGAUAUUCAGAACCGAGUACUGCAGGCGAACAGGGCACACAAAAUAUGAACUUUCUCUCCCAACAGCAUCCGAACGGACAAAUGAUGAAUAUGUAUAAUGACGUGGCGCAACAUCAUCCGGAAAUGCAACACUUUCGUCCCGGAAGUAUUGCUAGGUCUAUGGCAAUGAGUCCGGCUCAUUCCAUUUGUUCGAGUACUAUGAGCCCCUUAGCUUCGGAGCAGAUGCAACAACAACGGAAUGGAUGUCCAAGGAUUAGAGUACAACCGGAAACGCCGUGCCCUCCAUCGCAAACCGGAACUCCGGUUCCACCAGCUAACGCUAAAUCUCCUUUUGGACCGAUUGCAGCCAUGUCGCCGAGGAACCAAUUACAAGAACAUUUUUCCCAACUGAGAGUCAGGCAAAGUACAACUCCGAUGACACAUUUUCAGGCACAGCCGACAGACCCUAAUCUACAAGGAGAAUCAGCUGCGUUUGGAACAACACACGUUUCAUCACACGAAGGGACAGACAAGAUAUUUCGAAACAACUUACUUCAGACUAGCGAAGAGAAUCACGCGUACUCUCCCCGCCAAUCGUAUCAAAGUCAAUCAAAUAUGGACCCGGGAACUGUCUCCGUAAAAAUUGAAAAUAUGGACCCAUAUAACAACAGCGUGUACAGUCCAUCUUCCGUCUCACAUACAAAUGCGGGAUUCGUGCAUUCAAAGCAUGAAAGCGCCCAAGCUACGAUAAAUUCAAACAGGACUCCAGCACAGACAUCUCGAACAAACUCUUUGAACAGUUUGUUCAAUAACGCGACUUCAAAUGGUAUGCUAACUAUACCAUCCAAUUAUCCACAUCCACCCUCAGCAAGUUCAAGUUCUUUAAACCCGUUUAAAGUUCUUCCGCCAGUAACUCCACAUGAUGAACAUAUGCGUCCUCCGGGCAGUGCGUUGUCCACAUUCAGCGGGCUGAGUGGACUAUCGCCAUUUUGGGGUCCUUCCCCUUCAGGAGGAUCAGAAGUUGCCUCGAGCCCUAGGCAUUCCGCAAGAUUAGUGUCCAGAGCAAGAAAACGAACACUAUCAGUUUCACCUUUCUCUCUCGAUGGCAUUGAAAUAGCGACAUUGAUCCGUAGUUCUCCGAAUUCUCUUAUGUUGACAUCAAGAGGAUCUUCUCCUAUGAUAGGACUAAAUAACAUUCAUGGUAUGGGCGGGACGUAUGGCCAUCUCUCAGCAGGUAAAAGUAUCAGUCCUACGUCAACGGGUUCCUUUUCACGACAACUACUUCUUGCCACACCUGUCAGUAUGAUCGUACCAAAUUCUCACGAAACAGCUCAUCAUCAACACGGCUAUCACGAAAUACGGCACAACCAGGCAAUGUAUGCGGGAUGCACGGAUGAGUAUUUAUCAAAUGCUUAUCCCAAUAUCCCGGAAAAUUCAUCGCACCAUUUGAUAAAAAAUGAACAUCACCAAACAAACGGAAUGGCUUCCUACAACCAUGGUGAUGUACCUCAGCACGUUGUAGGAACAGGAACGCAGAGUUUGGCAUCACAGUCCAUGUUAAUGGUAACUACACAUGAUCACAACAUGGAAAACCUAUACACGGAUAUCUAUCCACAAGGAAGUAUUAAAUCAGAAUUUGAAUCUCAUACUUCAAAUGACUUUCCAAAGCAUUCAUACGCGGUUCCGCCCUCAUAUUUACCUCAUCACCACAGUCACCAAUAUUGUACAGAAGCCCAAAGUCACGAGCAUCAACACUCAAGGUUAAGCUAUUCUGGUUUUAGAGGCAAUGCCAAACCCCACGAACAUGCUCAUUAUUUUCCUAACGCCACACUAUCAACGGACCAUCGGAAAGUAGGCCAAGUCAAUUUUCCACCCAGAGAAAAUGAAGUCAUUGCCACGAGAAUUGGUGAUAAAGACAUAAGGGCAUCUGCACAUCCGGUAGAGGGUGGGCGAUGGAUAUGCAAGUGGAUCGACUGCAAUCACAUGUUUAAGUCUCAGGAAGACUUAGUGAAGCAUAUUGAAAAGAUGCAUAUCGAUCAAAGAAAAGGUGACGAAUUCACAUGUCAUUGGAUCUUCUGUCCUCGAAAGUUUAAACCUUUCAACGCCAGAUACAAAUUGUUAAUUCACAUGCGCGUUCAUUCUGGUGAAAGACCAAACAAGUGCGACUUUGAAGGCUGCAACAAAGCAUUUUCAAGAUUGGAAAAUCUGAAAAUUCAUCAAAGAUCACAUACUGGCGAACGACCGUAUGUUUGUCAGCAUCCAUCUUGCAAUAAAGCCUUCAGCAAUUCCUCUGAUCGAGCGAAACACCAACGCACACAUUUGGAUACAAAGCCAUAUGCUUGUCAGAUUCCGGGUUGCAACAAGCGAUACACAGAUCCGUCGUCACUUCGCAAACACGUUAAAGCCCACGCCGCAAAGGACCAGCAAGCGAGUAAAAAAAUGAGAUCAAUGGAACCAGAAUUGGGUGAUUGUCUAACAAUUCAACCGUUGGCUCUACAAACUGCGGGCGAUCCGUAUAUUUUUCAAUCAAAUGCUGGUCCAUUUGAUUCUCAAGUUUCACAACGACAUCCCGGUGCAAUAUUGCCUCAUCCACCGCAGAUGAAUCAUCUAACCCAGCAUCUUGGUAGAACAAGUUCAACAGUUCCAGCUAGUACACACGCAACCAUGCUUCCACCCAUCCAUGACACGUCUUCAAACGUACGGGCAAGCGAACACUACGGUUCACAAUCUCAGAUGAGUAUCGCUUCACAUUCCCACAAGCAGCAUCGAUUUGGUAAUCCAAUUUCCACUAGUUCUUCGCAAACUCUAUCCCAUGGACAUACUAGCGCAACGCAGCCUGGUGCUGCACCACCUUUGACACACAAAGUUAAUCCAUUUUCUGAAGCCAAUCAUAUCCCCACCGCACAGCAGCUUAUGCCACCUCCGCCGACGCCACCCGUUUUGGCCCGUCGACAUCAUCCGGCACACUCGAUGCAGCCUGUUCACUCUGAAGGAUCCUUUCAUCACCAAAACUCAAGAAGUCAGCCUAUACCAAACGUUGUGGAACCGCCAGCUUCUCCAAUGCACGUUGAUCACAGCCAAAGUAGGAAUUCUUACCACGCACAAGCUCCCAGUUUCACAACAGACCCCAGGAUAGCGCAGCACCGUACACAAAUGCGAGGGACCUAUCCACCAUUCUCGGAAAGUUUUCAACCGCAACCACCAGAUCGACCACCUUCGAACGGGAGCAGAAGAUCUCUCCUGUCUGCCAGAAUGCACUCUGUAACUCCUAAUCGUUUGCAACAAAUGUACUUUGGAGAUUCGCAAGCUGGUACUAUAGGAAUGUCAUAUGAAGCCGUACAAAGAGCAAUUUCUGCUACAAGCAACUUGAGCGUCGAAAGAGGUUUCGAGUUGCCUCCUGGAACUCCAUACAGCAUGAUUACAACUCAAGAAUCUCUCCGAAGCCACGAUUCAACGGGACGUCUUCAACUAUCAGCCGUUGAUCGAUGUCCAAGUCAAAUGUCGAUGGUCUACGCAGAUGGACCUUCCUAAUUUGUCCAAUCAAGAGUACGUAAAAUGAAGAUAAAUAUCUUUUGAGGAUUUCUAAUUACCUAUUGGAAAAAAAUCAAUCACCGAGGAGAGUGCGCAUCAGUAUGCAAAACAAUUUAUAUUGAUCAAAUAUGAUUCAAUUCACACUAAACUAGUGAAGAGCAGAAUUGAAUCAAAAACUCGGAAAACAUAGAAAUAAAAAAAAAUUACCUUAAUUUUAAAACGACUGUCGUCUAAGAAUAGUUCCAAUUUCAUGAGUGUUCUUUUGGUUAUCUCAGGCGAAUGAUUACAUCUAAUUUUAGUCUACAUCAUGCUAUUUAUUCCUUUGGAAUAAUUAUAAUCCUAUUUGUUUUGACUUGUCUCUGGUCAACACCUUUAUAUACAUCUGUUCUAGUACAUGCAUAAUUAUAAUUAUAACACUGUUGCAUGACACAAUAUGCGAUAAUGUUGAAUAAAAAAGUAUAUAAGUUUUUUUCACUGUUCAAUCUUGAUCUUAAUCAUGUUAAUCUUUUAUAAUAUGAUUUGUCAGCGUAUUUCAUGAGUUUAAGAUUCACUGCAAGUUUCUUCUAAUAUUCCACUGUUCUGUUUACCAUUUUGUCUUGCAGUGUCUUUGCCCAUUAUUUGGAUUUGGAAACACUUUUUCGAAAAGUACAGACUUGUAUCGUAAAUGGUUGAAGCAAAAGCUAUUUUGGAAAAUGUAUCCUACUUUAAAUUAAGUAUAAAUUAUAUAUGCUGAUUUGGUAGUCUUUACCGAUAUGUGGUGCGAUCUAGAAAUGUUUUUUAAUAUCUUUGACACAUUGUUUCUAAUGCACUGCCAUUUAUGGAGAUAUGUUCUAUAUAACGAUAAAUGAUAAGGUGCCAUUGAAUAUUUCAAAUCCCACUUCAUUGGAAGUACACGACAUCCAUUUUAUUAAAUAAAGUGAAUAUAUUUUUUGGUCAACAGAGUUAGUUUCGUUUUUCUCGAUGUUCUAAUCGUGAAAAAAUUGAGAUUUUUACUGUAUUUUUACACUGUUGUUUAGUAUACAAUACAAAAUAUUUAGCAGCCAAAUUUACUCAAAAUUUUUUAAGUUAUUCCUUCAGAGAUUUUCUGUGAAAAUCAAGUUCAUUCGUAAAUUAGCCUUUGUUAACCCGCGUUGUAAAUAAAUGGAAGAGUUUUCGUCACUGAGGUAAAUUUUACACUUUCUCUAGCACAGUUCACUUUUCUUGCACAUUUAAACACAACACUCUGUAGAUAUUUAUUUACCUUUCCCUUUUGUAAAUUGAUAU